AUGGAGCGGCGCUCCGGGGUUUCAAUCCGUUCCUAUGCAGCUGCAGUGGCCACCAGAUUAGCAUAUGAAGGGGCCAGCGCUAGUGGUGUUGAUGUACAACUUGAAAUUGAUGAAAGUGAGCGGGCUACAAUACAGACAACACUUGACACUCGACCUAUCAACACUAAGCGGAAAUACGACGGCUACCAAAACGAGUUUGUGCAAUGGUGCACCUCUCGCGGAUUCCAAGAUAAAGACACUGUGACCGGUGGAAAGCUACAUUUGUUUCUGUCUAGCAUGGUGAUCGGGCGAAAGUCUAAGAAGAAUGCUGAAAAAACCGUUGGAGGCUCCACUGUGUGUGGAUAUGUAAACGCACUUGUAGAUCUGUACAACCAGCAGGUUACACUUCGUACAAACUCGAACCCACACCCGCGAACCACUGCUGUGAAGCAACUGAUAAAAAAUGUCCAGGCCACGACUACUCAAACCAAGAAAAAGAAUUACGAGGACAGGGGAAUUGGCUCAUUGCUGGAUGGCUAUUCGUCGGUUCAGCAAUUCCAACAAAUUUGUGACGCCUUCCUAACACUCAAUGACCUGCGAGGACGCGUCGCCUUCUUACUUUCUCAUUUUGGAUUGUUACGUGGCGAAAAUGUUCGCGAUUUAGAGUUUGCUGAUAUGUUCUCUCAGAAGUUGGAUGGAGAGGGAUACCAGACUUGUACAGCUCUCGUGCUUUUAAUUCAACAUGGAAAGACGAACACUUUCGGUAAGAUGCAGCACGUUGGCUACAUGCGGAACAAGGACGUACGCAUUUGUCCAGUUGGCGCAGCCGCAUUUUAUUUUUUUCAUCUUUUUCACGUAGAUCGAGAGCCCUUCCCGUCCUUUGCUAAAUCUCAAGACUGGUAUGACUUGAAGUUUCUACGAGGACGUCAGCGGACAAAGGCUAUCACUUACGAUACACACAAAAAGAGCUACGAGGCCGUGUUCAAGCAUUUGGGUCUAUCAUUUAACAAAAAAACGCAUAUCAAUCGUCAGCAGGGAGUGCGGCAGCUCGAGUGCGCUGACGUAGACAUUUCUCAGACUCGUCGGCAUGGACGAUGGGGAAUGGAUACAUGCGAGGCCAUAUAUGCGGCCCCACUAGCUCGAGAAGCAAUGCGUGCUCUUUCUGGACACCCUCCUAAAUCUCGUUUUUACUUCCUCGAACGUGCCUCAGUCGAUCCACCGUUAGAGCUUCAGCGGCUAGUAUUUCCUGAAGUCGAACAUUGCCAAAAGCAGAUCUUAGAUGGAAAUUGGGAAGACAAUCUGGCUGCUCGUGGAUUUCUUGACUUGCUUCUGCACCUUCGCGUUGUUCUGCUUCAAGACUGUGCUGUGUUGCUCGACGACCUUCCUGCCCAGUUUCAACAAACUUCGCUUUUUGGCGAAAAAUUUCAACUGUUUCGUACGCAAGCGCUGGCUGGAGCGGCAAGCGCUACAGCUCCUAUUCAAAUGCAACUCCAAAAUGCAAUGCCAUUGCUUUCAACACAAAUAUCUACACAACAUGCAGCAGUGAUGCAAAAAUUAGAGACUCGCCAUAACGAGAUUACGCAACUUUUAGCACAAACAAACAAUAACCUCACCUCAUUAUUACAAGGAGACAUGGCAUUCCGUCUUGUACCUAUUGAUAACGCAAGCGCGAGUGUCACUAGCACCAACAUAAAUCUUGAUACAGCCGAGUCUGCUCACAGCCAACAGUCAGUUCCAUACCGUUCUUCCAGUGGAGUUACUCACGAACCUACCAUUAGUGACGCACAGCGGUAUUCUAUGAGCAGAGGUGUCAGCACUGUACGCGAGCUCUGGACUGAAUGGCACGUCGGUCUGUCUAAUCGGCCAUCAAUUGAGUCGCUAGAGAAAAAAUACGGGCGAAAAUGGCGGCUAUCAUCAAAAGAAUCCAAGUUUUACUCUCGCAGACACUGUGUGAUCAAGUACGUACGCUUCUUAAUAAACCAAGGCUCCACAGUUGAGAGUGCGCUCAAUAUUGCCGAAGCUGAGAAGGGAACAAGAAGCAUUGAUGCGUUCUCGAAGCACUUAAGCAAAAGAAAAAUAUCGUGA